AUGAUGCUCUGGUGUUUUCAGCUCUUAUCUCUCUAUUUUUUACUUGGAAAUGCCCUUACCAUAUCACUCCCUAAUAUCGUUGUACUCGAAACUCUCACAACAAUCAACUUCGUGACAGGAACUAGUGAUCCCAGCCAGUGGAUAUUGCGGAAUGUAUAUGCGAAUGGGACUACACAGAUCGGAGGGACGUUGUCGGGGACUGGUUCGACAUCGUUUACAUUCGUGGUAGCAGGACCGCAUUUCCUUCAAGCCUUGGCUUUGACGAACGGUGUCGCCGCGUCUGCUCCGUUCUACACCGGAAAUCUCUUCACGCCUUUCAAUGCUUCAGCUCCAUCGAGCACCACAUCACCAAUAGCAACAGAGACUCAGACCGUAGUCUCCAGCUCUUGUCCGUCCUCAGCAAGCGCAGAAGGCGGAACGACAGAAACUAACAACACUGGGACUAUUGUCGGAUCAGUCAUAGCCGGGCUUGGUUUCCUUACUGCUCUAGUUUUCUUCUUGCUUUGGUUGAAUUUGCGAAGAGAAUACAAGCGGUUGAACUACGUCACUCCUUCAGUGCACCAAAUACAAAACGCUCCUUCGACGAUACCCCUGAUGGCAUCUUCAGCCACAUCAUUCACUCAAAACGCGCAUUAUCAUUCAUCAUCUCUUCCCCGUUCGAGCUUGGCUGAUUCAGCUCCUCCCAUGGAUACUUUGGCGUCACCCCUGCCACCCCUGUCGCCGCAACGCCGCGAAACCAAAAUGGUGAUUGUUAACCAGGACGUAUCGACGCCGACACACACCCAUAAUUCUAGCUUGGAUAUGUCGGAGACUUCCAACUCGUCACCGCGACGAAGAGGCCGUGAUGGACAAAGCAGGGGAGCUCUAAGGAGAGAAGUUUCUCUGUUGAGGAGGGAGUUGGAAGAGAUCAGGCAGGCUCAUUCGUAUGGUGUACCCCCUCCUACCUAUUGA